UCUUCUGCUACCCGCUGGUACAAUCAUGACGAAAAGAAAAAAGAGAAAAAGGCACUGGUACUAUGGCUCCGGCUUUUUAUCUCCACGUGUCAUAGGAAACUUCCAUUGACAUCAGAUAUGCCCCUCCAAUCCAAUCCCCCUUCAUUUCUUUUUACAUCGAAUUGCGUGCCAACGUAGAUAGAGGAGAGUUGAGGGUAAGUAGUAAUGGAUCACGCAGCAGAUGCGCAUAGGACAGAUUUGAUGACAAUAACAAGGUUCGUGUUGAAUGAGCAGACUAAAUACCCUGAAUCUCGUGGCGACUUCACUAUCUUGCUCAGUCACAUCGUUCUUGGCUGUAAAUUCGUCUGUUCUGCCGUUAACAAGGCAGGCUUGGCCAAACUCCUUGGGCUUGCUGGUGAGACUAAUGUGCAGGGUGAAGACCAAAAGAAACUGGAUGUACUCUCAAAUGAAGUUUUCAUCAAGGCUUUAGUCAGCAGUGGACGAACAUGCGUUCUUGUGUCUGAAGAAGACGAGGAAGCUACUUUCGUAGAGCCAGCUAAGCGUGGAAAGUACUGUGUAGUUUUUGAUCCUCUGGAUGGAUCUUCCAACAUUGAUUGUGGUGUUUCAAUUGGAACAAUCUUUGGGAUUUACAUGAUGAAAGAUGUUCGUGAGCCAACACUAGAUGACGUCUUGCAACCCGGAAAGAAUAUGUUAGCUGCUGGAUACUGCAUGUAUGGAAGUUCUUGUACGCUUGUCUUGAGCACUGGAAAAGGUGUUAAUGGUUUUACACUUGACCCCUCUCUUGGCGAGUUCAUCUUAACUCAUCCAGAUAUCAAGAUUCCUAGGAAAGGGAAGAUUUAUUCAGUGAAUGAAGGAAAUGCCAAGAAUUGGGAUGGUCCUACAUCCAAAUAUGUGGAGAGCUGCAAGUUCCCCAAGGAUGGUUCUCCACCCAAAUCCUUAAGAUAUAUUGGAAGCAUGGUAGCUGAUGUUCAUCGUACAUUACUCUAUGGAGGUAUAUUUUUGUACCCAGCUGAUAAAAAAAGCCCCAACGGAAAGCUGCGGGUUCUCUAUGAAGUAUUUCCCAUGUCAUUUCUGAUGGAAUAAGCAGGAGGCCAAGCAUUUACUGGAAAGGAGCGGGCAUUGGACUUAGUUCCUGCGAAUAUACAUGAAAGGGCGCCAGUAUUCCUUGGUAGUUAUGAUGAUGUGGAGGAGAUCAAAAGGCUUUAUGCUACUGAAGAGCAAAACUAAUGGAUGCACAUUUACCUUCGCUCACUUUUACAAUUCUUGCUGAUGCUCAUUACUAAUUUCUUGAAGUAGAGCAAAUUGCUGGUUGUUACAAGUCACAAAAUCAUCAAUUAUGACUACAGAUGCAUGUUGCACAUUAGCUUGUUAGCUACUGUGAUAAUAAUACGUGCAUAUAAAUGAGCAAUCUGCAGAUAACUGUUUUCUGUUUGAAUGUAUUUAUUUAUUUCCAAAUGAAGAUUAAAGAAGAUACUGAAAUUUCCAAGAAAA